GUAGUUUACUUAUUGUUCAAAACUGAAAAAAAGAAAUACAUAUGUAUGUCUCCUAAUUAAAAAGUGCAGUUGUAUAAAGCUGUUUGCUUUGAGUUAUGAAAUUCCUUUUAUUUUUUUAACUGUGUCUUGUCGCGUGUGCAUCCGUAUUUGUUUCAAAGCACUUAUUUCCAGAGUUGUGCAAAGCAACGUGCAUCUUCAGCUGCUUAGCUUUUGCAAAUGAAUUGUUUUUAUUAAACAUAUAAUUAUUUUCAUUAUUGACAACUGAUUAUUCGCCAAUCGCAUUGUAUCCUGACAUCUUUGUACGCGUUUUCUUUUAAUCAUUUUAACUGUAUUGUUUUUUCCACUCGUUGCGGAUUCUCCUCAGUCUAUCACAAAAUGUCUGCCUGCAUCAAUAGCCAAGCCAAGCGAUUUCAAACGAAGCAGAAGGAACCAGAGCAGAUGCAAAAGCUGGACAUUGAGGCAAUGGAGUCCAUUGUGAUUACGCACUAUGUGAGUCCGCAGCUGUUCUGCUACAUAACGCUGCAUCAACUGGAGUCGUGCGGAGCCUAUGUCAACCAGGUGGAGACGCAUCUAUUGGCGCAUUGUCACGCGCAAAACCAGCGGGAGAACUAUGAAUCGAAUGAGCAUGUCAUCGUGCGCUAUCAACCGCUGAAUAUGCACAAAUUGUUGCGGGGCCUCGUUACGGUUUGCCAGCACGACGAGUAUCUUGUCUGGGCGAUGGACUAUGGCUUCACCAUCAACUGCAGGGCCAAGGAUUUGUGGCUGCUGCCAGCGUUCCUCAGCGAAAAGUACAUCGAGAUCGAGUGGGGCGGCGUGGCCUGUGUUGCGCCCCGCACGGGCACCGAGUGGUCAAAAAUGGCAUUGCGGCUGCUCGACAAGCGAAUGGAGGAGGCCCAACGAUUGAUGUUCAAGGUUGAGUACCGAAACGAUGAGCGACACAACUUUGGCCAGUUGUGGCUCCAAAUGCCGCAUCCAGCCGAAUCCUUGCUGAAUGCUGCCAGCUAUCUGGUGGAGAAGCAAUGUGCGCGGCUGGAGAAAAAGGAGCUCAGCAGAAUACAGGCCCACAGCUGUAGGGCUGAGAACGACAUGGAUCUGGCGGAGUUGAAUGACCCAGACAUUAGGCCUAACACGCGUGCCUUAACCAUACUCGAAUUGAUGGAAUUGCAGCGUCCCAAGAUGCUGCUGACACUACCUAAGCUGGAGCCACAGACCAACUCCCAGACUUACAGUGAAGAGAAACAGAAGUAUGUCGAUUCGAUCCUUAAAAAUGGCUAUCAUAGGCUGGGCACCAAGACACGUAAUCUGACCUGUCCCUCGAAGCAGUCGGCCAAGCUGGACACACUGCUGCAGGCCCGGACUGUGCCAGAGAUACCAAAUUCCGCGAAGCGUCUGAGCAAGGUGAAUAGCUGCAAUGACACCGUCGUGGAGACUGCUCUUAAAUUUAGCUCAGGCAACUCGAGCAGCAGCAACUGCUCCUCGGACAGUUUCGAUGCUCCUGAUCAACAAUCAAAGCUCGUCAGAUUGAACAGAAGAAACAUUUUGGAAUAUUACCGGCAGGAAAUGGUUGAGCCACAGGUCAAUCAGCAGCACAUUAAGGUCACCCAGUUGAAGGAAAAUAGGAGCUCGCUCCAUCAAAUACAAGAAAUUCCAAAGGUGGAACAGCUGGUCAAUGGGAGAGACUUUGCGCAUCCGGGUAAGCAUGAGAGCAUAUCUCUGGUCUCUGCCCAAGAAUUCACAAGCAAAUUCGGACAGGAAUCUGUCAAACCCAAGGUUGUAUCUCUGUCUAAAGAAAAAUUGGAAUGUCUCCAUAAUGAGAUGGGCGGCCUAUCGCUGAAUGGGAAUCCCGCCCAGUCGGUGUCUCUCCAGGCAGCCGAGUCGCAAAAUCGAAGUGUUAAAGUGGAUGAACCUCUUUACCUGGACAAACUAGACCGAAUCUACAACGAAUACCGUUUGCCAGCCAAAUCCAAUAAUAUGCCAGAGAAGUCACCACCAUUCGAACUGCGCCCCAUCGAGAAUCUUGUGCUGGCCCAAGAUGAACCUCUUUACCAGGACAAACUAGACCGAAUCUACAACGAAUACCGUUUGCCAGCUAAAUCGAAUAAUAUGCCAGAGAAGUCACCACCAUUCGAACUGCGCCCCAUCGAUAAUCUUGUGCUGGCCCAUAGCAAUGUGCCUGUGCGGCCAAUGAGCAGCUUGUCGGACUCGCUGCUCUGCACGGACGUGCUCAUGGCCAUGGGCGAGAUGGAUCUGCAGACGGUGUUGCCCACGCAGCGCUAUUCCUGGCCGCAUCUGAUGAAGGGCAACACAUUGGUGCUGGUCGAUCGCACUGGUAGCGGUCGCUCCUGGUCUUACCUGCCGCCGUUGUGCUCUCUGGUCAUGCGCAGAAUGCGCUCGACACCAAUUGGCGUCAAUAAGGAGCCCAGCCUGGGGCCAUUAGCUGUGUUGCUAGCGGACUCCGUGGCCAAUGCCCAGGCGCUGUUCAAUCAUUGCACCAACCUGAUGGGCUCCUACAAAACGAACAUGUUGAAGGUGGUCAACACGCAUGCCCACUGCGUGAAGGAGGUGCACAUCCGACUGCUCUAUUCCUGCGGCAUCCUGGUGACAACGCCCACACACUUGAAGCAACUGUUGCAGCAGGACAUGCAGCUCAUCGAUCCGCGCCGUCUGAAAUACUUCGUCAUCGAUGACUACGAUCGCAUGCGCGCCUCCGUUCCCCAGUUGCUCAACGAGCUGCUGCAAAUAGUCCAGAACAUGGCCAUAACCCAGCUCCAGCUGGUGCUCAUCGCUCAGCAGUGGCAUGCACGCGUCUUUCUGGAGCUGGUCAAACGCUUUGGCGACAAUCCGCUUCUGCUUUUCGGCGACUUCCUGGAAGCAGCCGUCUACGGAAGCCUCAAACUCAACGUCGCAGUGCUGCGCAGCAGCAAGAAGACACAGCAGCUACUCGACUACCUGGGCGUCCAGAAUCCCCUCAAGAGGCGUACAAUCAUUUACUGCAAACACGACGAGGAGUUGACAGCCUUGCAACAGGCGCUGACUGAAGCUGGCUACGAGUGCAUUGGUCCAACUGAAGUAGCUAAUCAGCAAAUUCAUCAGUUGCUGCUGCUUACUGAUGCAGUGCAGCAAACCCAGCUGCCCGUUGGGAAUUUCGAGCUGAUGGUACACUACAGUCUGCCUGAAUCUUGGUCAAAGUUCUCUUACCGCUUUCAUGCGGUCAGCGAUAACAUUAGCAACUGUCUGGUUCCGCAGAAUUUCAAGCAGAACGUUGUCUCCUGCGUGAUGCUGGACGAGAGCAACAGCUACGAGCUGCCGCGUCUGGUGCAAUUCCUCGAUGCCCACGACAUUGAGCUGGGCGAGCACAUACUGCAAAUGGUGGCCAGCUGUCGCCAGCUGACGGAUCAGAGUCGUCAGUUCUGUCCCCAAAUGCUGAGCAGUGGCGAGUGCGGUCAGUUGUAUUGCAGCAAACGGCAUUAUCCAGUCAGUGUCGACUUUCAGCGGCAGCUUUGUGCCCUGUGGCAACCAAAGACUGCGGUGCGUUGCAACAUUAUCAAAAUCUACGAUCCGGUUCACUUUGCCGUCAUGGCUGUCAGUUACAAGCCCAGCCACAGCGAGUCCUGGCAAGAGGCGUUGAACCUGUCGACCCUCCGAAAACUGAGUACGGCUCUCUACAUGCACAUGAGCAUAGAGCAGAAUCGUCGCCCCAAGCAGUUGCUGAAAAUCGCAGACGUAUGCGUUCUGCACCGUGGCAUUAAAUAUCAGCGCGUUCGCGUCGUCGAUUUGUCCGACAAGCGGCUUGUCAUCGUUCAGUUAAUGGACGAGGGUACGGAACUGCUGAAGGUGAAGCCGGCCGAGCUGCUGGAGUGUGACGCACGCUUCACAGCGGAGCCGCCCCUGGCUAUGGAUGUGAGAUUGUGUGGUCUGGUGCCAGCGGUAGGUGAGGGCGAUUGGCGGCUGGAGUCCACCAAUUGGGUCAAGGAGAUGCUGAGUGACCUAAGCGAUAAUCAGCACCUGCAGCUAAUUGUGGAGUUUACCAUGUUUAAUGUUGUCUAUGUGAAAGAAAUUGCCGUUCUGCAGGACUGUCCAGCGAUGAGAAUCUGCGUGAAGUCCACGCAACUACACGACGAGCUGAUCAAUCGGGGCUAUGCCAGGCGAGAGAAGCAAGUCAUGGAAAACCUGCGCAAAUUGCAUGAGGAGGUGAUCUCAGAGCAACAGAAACUAAAAGAAGAGGAGGUUGCCAGCCCAAAGUUUGAAGAGAAGCAGGUGCAGCAUGUGAAGCUGCCUCUGACAGAGGCCGAGGAAAAUGAGAGCGAUGAAAAGAUAAUUGAAAGGUUAACCAGGGAAAACCACCCACAGCAGUCAUCCAAUUCCACAUUUAAUGGUGGCAAAUUAAGUCAACUUUUUGGUGCAGUGCAAAGGUACUUGCUCAACAAGGAGGCGCAAGCUCCCGAGAAGGCAAUUGAGCAACAUAAAAAUCCAAAUGCGGCAGCCAAGGAAGCCAAAGAACCAAUUGGGAAAACUGUGCAGGAGGAAAAAGAGACUGCAGCAAUGGUAGAUAGCGCUGCUUUAUUUAUGGACGCGCUGUUGCAGGAUCUGCGCAGUGCUGAUCCGGCGGUGAAGGAGGCCGCACAGCACUUGAUGCAAGACAUACUUGGAGCCGACAGUAUCACAACCGGUGAGGCGAAUCCUUCAAAGAAAACACUUAAUAAUAAUAGGACCAGUAAUUUGCCAAAAUCAAAGCCACAGUUGACACCCGAUAAGAUGACCAGUGCGCUGUGCUGUGCCGCCAUCGCUGGCAACGCGGCGCGCCCAAAGGUGCGCUGGCACCAGACUCUCUUGCAGAUUGAGCUCAUCUUUGAGCAGCAAGUGCCGCAAUACGAGCUGCUGCAUCAGGGCAAUGUGCUGGUCUACCAGGUCACCGAGUCCAUACCGCCGCAGCGCUGCAUUCUGAAUCUACUGGGCGCGGUUAAAAUAUUAUCGGAGCAGCAGCACGGAUACCAGCUGCACGUGAAGCUUGCCAAAGAUGGUCUCAAUAUGUACUGGCCCAGUCUGCUGGACUCGUUGUACCUACAGCAGCAUUGCCAUUGGCUGGUCUAUGACACGGAGCGCGGCAACACACCCCAGCAUAAUAUAGGUCGCAUCCUUUGGAUGCGAUAUCACCAAAAUCAGUAUGUCCAGAAGGAGCGCGAAACGGACGGCAACUGGUCAGCGGACGAGCAGAACGAUUUUUCGGAUGUGGAACCUGCUGGCACCGACAGCUGCGACGAUUUGUAGGAAAAUAAUUGACAUAUUUCUAUUCUGGAAUGAACCGAAUGUGGCUUCUAAUCAAAAGCGCAGGCUUCGUAUCGUAAAUCGUUUCUUGGUGCCCGUAUAUUGGAUUUUAAUGCACGACUUUAAUGUGUUGUCAAAUUUUUUGCAGUUCCCAUUUGUUAAACUUUGCAUUUAUUUUUUCUCUUUGAUGUAUCUGUAUUUUGAUUGUAUUUCUGACUAUUUAAAAUAAAUUGUGUACCAGUAUAAACCAAA